AUGUCUUGUGAAUCUGAUCAUAUUUGGACUAGUUUGGAUAAUGGAGUCGAAGACUUCGUUCUUGUCUGGUUGGACACGCGUACAUCAAAAACUUUAGCAACUGAAGAAACACACGCUGAUGUUAUGAAGCGUCAGUCUCAAUUAGAAGCGAUCAUUAGCUUUACUCGAACGUUUAAUGAUCCUGAAGAAUGCCGUAUGUUUAUCGAAUCUUCAAAAACUGAAAAAGUCUUUCUUAUUACUUGUGGCUACUUGGGUGAAUCGCUUAUCCCAAAAGUGCAUGAAUUACCGCAUCUCGCAGUCAUUUAUAUUUUUUGUAUCCAUCAGCAACAGCAUUCCACUUGGGCAAAGUCAUAUAAUAAAAUUCGAGCCGUCUGUGGGACAACAAAUGAACUACUCGCUGCUUUGACUCGGGAUGUAUCAAUGUCUACGAAAAACUUGACUCCUCUAAGCAUAUUCAGUGCCGAUCUGAGUAAAGAAGUUUCAUUGCGUUCUCUUAACGUCGAAGAAAAGCGCUUUAUGUGGUUCCAGUUGCUACUACAAGUACUUCUUCGGAUGCCUCCCAAUGAGAAUGCACGUAAUGAUAUGCGAAAUGAAUGUGAACGAGCGUAUCGGGGUAACGUAGUCGAACUCGCAAAGAUCGAUGAAUUUUUUCGAACUUAUUCACCGGAAGAUUGUAUUCGUUGGUAUACAAAAGAUUCAUUUAUUUAUCGGCUGCUUAAUAAAGCUUUUCGUACUGAGAAUAUUGAUAUCAUUUUCAAAUUUCGAUUUUUUAUCGUUGACCUUCAUGAUGCACUCAAAAAACUGCAUCAACCGUUUACAGGCAUUCUUUGGCGUGGUCAAACCAUGUCUGUUGCCGAACUGCAGAUAUUGAAGGAGAGUAAAGACAAAUUUGUUUCCGUCAAUACAUUCUUUUCCACCACCAAAUCAUCCAAUGAUGCACUAUCGUUUAGUGGUGAGGUCACUGAUUCACCUCGAUUGAUAUCUGUUGUUUUCGAAAUAGAUGUCAAUGAACAUUUAUAUGAUACAGCGCCUUUUGCCGACAUUAGCCAUUUGAGUACUAUGCCAAAAGAAGGAGAAGUACUAUUCGCCAUGAAUACAAUUUUUCGUUUGACCGAUGUCGAACAAUGUGGCAGCAUUUGGACAGUAUAUCUUACUUUAAGUAAUGACAGUGAACAAAGUUUAAAAAGCCUGGUGGAUCAUUUUAAAAAGGAAAUUAUCCAAGAGCAAAUGCCACCGUUACUCAUGCUAGGAGAAUUUCUUUGGAAAAUGGGAGAGCAUAAUCGAGCAGAACGCUACUAUCGAAUGCUUUUAAGAGAAAUAUCACCUAGCCAUGAAAUUGUCGGCAAAAUUUACAACAAUAUUGGAUUGAUAGCUAUGGAAGGCGAUAAAAGUCGUGAGGCAAUGCACUACUUCAAUGAAGCUUUACGUCUGCAAGAAUCAACAGAGACAUUGGAUCUAGCUGAAACAUACAGUAACAUUGCGCUCCUUUAUGAUAUGAAGGAAGAAACGAAACAGGCGAUGUCGUACAAUGAAAAAUCCUUGAAGAUUCGCUUGCGACUUUUGCCACAUGACCAUGCACUUGUUGCAGUGACAUACAAUAAUAUUGGUAUGGUCCAUUUUCAUCAGCAUGACUAUGAAAAAGCGCUUACCUACUUUGAAAAAAGCCGUUCAAUCGAUUGUAUUGCUCUCGGCUCAUCCGAUCAUUUCGAUCAUGCCACAACUUUGAGUAAUAUUGGCCUAGUACAUUUAGAGCAAGGUCAUUAUGAGCUUGCACUGCAGUUCUUAAAAGAGGCUCUAGCGAUUCGCGAACACUCAUUACCAGCACAACAUCCACAAUUUGCCGAAACUUACAAUAACAUAGGUUCUACUCAAGAGCAACUUGGUGAGCUAAACGAGGCAUUAGCCAUGUUCGAAAGGGGCCUUGAAGUACGGCUUGCUACUUUACGACCUGAGCAUCCUGAAAUCGCUGAAUCCUAUAAUAAUCUUGCUAAUGUUCUUGAAACUUUAGGCAGACCUGAUGAGGCUUUGGCAAACUAUUUCAAAGCACUAAAAAAUAUCUAUGGUACAUCUCCAAAAGCUAUGAGAUCACGAGCUUUGUACUUUAAUAAUAUCGGCGAACACUUUUCCGAUGAAGAGAAUUUUGUUGAAGCUCUCAAGUAUCAUCAAAAAGCCUUGAGGAUACGACUUCGACUUUUUUCCCGGAAGAAAGAUCCAGAUCUGGCCAUGAGUUACAAUAAUAUUGGUUUGCUCUUUUAUUAUCAGUAUGAGUUUAAAAAAGCACUGCGCUAUCAUUUUCGAGCAUUGGCUAUUCGUCGUGAAGUGCAUCAACCUGAGCAUCCUCUAGUCGCUUUGUCCUUGUUUAAUAUUGGGCUGGUCUACUUUGAGACAAAUGAAUAUGAAACAUCCCUUGAUUAUCUACGACAAGCACUGGAUAUUGAAACACGAACAUUGCCAGCUGGACAUAAGAGAAUUAAAAACACCACAGAGCUGAUAACUUUGAUCACACAAAAAGUAGCAAAGAAAAUAAAGCCUCCAACAAAAAAAACUUUAAACUAG